AUGUGUGUAUGCAAGCAGGUUGCGUUGCUUCCGGCAGGCGCCCAGCCGUGGAACCGCCACACAAUCUCGGCCCACUCGUCAUUGUACGCAUACGCCUCGACGCUUGCAGUGUACGUGUACAAGCGGACCGACGGCGGCGGGUUCCGCCUCUACAGGGUACUCGCCGGCCACGAGAAGACCAUUACUGCUGUCGACUUGUGCCGAACCAACGAGAAGCUCAUUCUCUCGGCCUCGCAGGAGAACAAGGUCAUUGUCCGGGAUGUGCAGUCGGGUGCCGAGCUGACCCGCGUUCGGACCGCCGCCACGCCCACCUGCGCUGCAUUCUCGCCCACUGUCCGCACCCUCAUCGGGUACGGUGACGCCAAGGGCGCGCUCGUGUUUUGGAACUUUGAGGCCAACGUGGAAAAAGUCGCUACGGGCCUGACCUCCAAGACCAUCACCCUCCUCCGGUGGAACCCAAAGGUGAGUUCCAUCCUCGCGCUCGGCACCGAGGACGGCACCAUCAUCAUCGCCGAAGCCCCGGCCGACAUGGUCGAGGGCUCCGCCAGCGGCGCCAUCUUUGACGUCGAUGACGACGACGGCCGGCCUAGAGCGAGCUCGGCCGGUGGCAAGUCCAAGUCCAAGUCCAAGUCCAAGUCCAAGUCCAAGGCCAAGGCCAAGUCCAAGUCCAAGGCCAAGUCCAAGUCCAAGUCGCGCCGCGGCUCGUCGCGAGCAGAAGAGAUCUCGGUCGAGUUUGUCAAGUUUCGACGCGACGACGCCUCCUCGGCUUCCAACCCAGCGGUGUGUGACCUGGCGUGGGACCCGCUCUCGAACAACUACCUCCUCGCCGCGUUUAUGGACUCGGUCCUCUGCAUGUACGACGUCGAGGGCCAGACCCGGCUCAAAAAGUUUGAAUGUCCGAGCGCCGGCGUCCAGUCGCUCGCCUGGGUCGUCCGCUCGCCGGGCGAGUUUGUCACCACUGACGCCCGCGCCGGCGUCAUCCGCGUGUGGAACGUCUCGCGUGACUCAUACAAGGAAAUGAUCAAGGUCUCUGAGGCCGCCUUUCACAACCUGGCCUUUUUCGAAAAGUCGAGCUCGGCCGUGUGCUCGUUCAAGGACGGCUCCGUCGGCGUUUACUCGCUGCAAAAGCGCGGCUGGGAGAGCCUCGCCUCGCCGGGCCACCGCGAGACCAUCUUUGACGCCAAGUUUUGCCCGUCGAACGCCAACCACCUCGCCACGGCCUCGUUUGACGGAACGGUCAAGGUCUGGGACGUGCGGAGCAUGGAGUGUGUGAGCUCGUCGCCGGGCAACGAGGGCGUCCUCUACUGCCUCUCGUGGUCGCCAACCGAGCCGGUCCUGCUUGCCUCGUCAGCCGAGGGUCACGUCCUGGUCUAUGAUGUCGAGCGAGGCGUCGUUGUCACUCGCAUUCAGCAUCACACCGACGCCGUGUUUCGGGUUGCUUGGUGCCCCACACACCCGCGCAUCUUUGCCUCGGCCUCGCGCGACGGCUCUGUCAUGGUCUGCACCGUCGACGGCGACAUGCUCGCAAAGCUCCGUCACCCCAAGGCCUGCUACGGCGUCGACUGGUCGCCGUUUGCAGGCGGCCUCCUCGCCACCGGCUGCCACGACGGCGCCGUCCGCCUCCACACGCUUGACCUCGAGCACCUACUCACGGGCGGCUCUGGCGGGGUGAAGAGCGUCGAGACGCUCACCGGCCACAGCGCCCGUGCCUUUAACGUAGCCUUUUCACCGCUUGUCCGCGACUGGGUUGCCUCGGGCUCGGACGACGAGGAUGUCCGUGUGUGGUCGGUCCUCUCCGGCAGCUCGGUCGCCGUCCUCUCGGCCCACACCUCGAAUGUGCGUGGCAUCGUCUGGUCGCCGGAAAUCCCGUACCUUCUCAUUUCCGGCUCUUGGGACGCGUCCAUCCGAUUGUGGGACGUCCGCGACUCGUCGUGCCUCGCCACGGUCCUUGACCACCACGCCGACGUCUACGGGCUGAGCGUCCACCCGCAGCGGCCCUUUGUCUUUGCGUCGUCGUCGCGGGACACCACGCUGCGCCUGUGGUGCGUCGAGUCAGUCAUUGCGUCGACUCGCCUCAAGCUGCUGACCGGCGCCGCCGAGUUGAGCUCGCUCCUCGGCUCGCCGCUCGACGUGGUGUCGUCUGCGAGCCAACCGCUGCGGCUGUGCGGGCCGGCCUCGGCUGCUCUCGCUGCGGCGCUUGACGACGGUGAGGUGGCGCUCGGCACGGUUGAGGGCUACGCCCGCCUGUUGGGCCUCUUCUUUGCCCCGCGCGGACUUGAGGAGCUCUUUGCCCUGGCCGCUGCCGCGCUGACCGGCGAGGCCCCGGCCGACGACGACGUCCGCGUCGCCCUCCCGUACACGCGCGCUGUCGCCAGCAGCGGCCAACCGACUGUGGCGCUCGGCGGUGAGUCCAAGUUUGUUGGCGGCGCGGUCGGCGCUCCGCGCCGGCGCGACCGCCUCGCUGCCGCGCAAAAGGAGGCGCUGCGCUUUGGCCGCAUGCGCGAGGUGUGUGAAAUCUCGUUUGAGCUUGGCGAGUAUGAAAAGGCCGUCGCCCUCGCACCCUGCGUCUCGAUGGCGUACUGGCAAUCGCUCUGUGCCCGCUACGCCUCGGUCCUCGAUGAGCGUGGCUCGGACGAGGGCGGGGCGUACCAGGCGGCCGCCGGCGGAACGCCAGCGCUCGUGCAGUGGCUCAUCGAGCGCGGCGAUUUGACUGGUGCCUACGAGGCAGCCCACUUUGGCGCGCGCGUCCGCCGUGAGACAAUCGACUCGAGCGAAGGCAUGGCCGAUGAAGCUGUCUCGGUCCUCUCCGCUGGCUCGUCCGCCUUUAGCGGCGUCGACCGCGGGCCCGGCGCAGGUCGCGGCGACGCACGCCUUGUCGCCCGCGUGGCCGACCUCGUUGCCGAGCGCCACUUUCAGAACUCGGAGCCGGUUGUCGCUGCCGCGUGCCAUUUGGCUGUGGAGGAUGUCGCCCGCGCCGUGCAGAAGCUCAUGAAGGGCCACGAGGUCGAGAUUGCCGUUGCCCUCGCCGUCGCCCUCGACGUCCCGCACACGCGCCACGUCCAUGAGGCGCUCGCAGCGCGCGCCGAGGCACUUGGCGAGUUUGAGCUUGCCCUCGCCUGCCUCAAAGACUCACGGGUGCGCGACCCGAUCAACUCGGCCGCCCGGAUCUGCGCCCGCUUUGGCGGGCUUAAGAAGCUCUCGCGGAACGCCCUUCAUGCCGCCGCCGGCCUUCGCUCGCCCGAGGCCUACCUGGAGGAGGCGACUCGCGCACAGGAGCGCGACGAACCGAGUGCGAGCGUGGUGCGGGCAUACAUGCUCUCGUCGGCGCCCGAGCCUGGCCUCGAUGCCGGCCUCGCCGCUGUGGCGAAGCUCCUGCGCUGCGACGCCUUUGAGCUCGAGGCCAUCGGUGAGAUUGUCGACUGGAUGACGUGCGUGCGAAGCUCUGUCCUCCGGCGCUACGCCCGCAGGAAGGAGGUCAUGGCGUACGCGUCGUACGUGGGCGCGUUCCGCGCCAUGUACCGCGGCUUUGUUCCCGUCGUCGGCCCACUUGUCGACAACGUCGCUGACCUCGUCAAGAGCGGCGGUUUUGAAGCGCCGUUUGCCGGCGACAUCGGCCUUGUUCAGCUCACCGCCGCGCACUUUUCGCCGCCCGAAACGACGACCGCAUGGCCCAUCGCAUGCUCAAGGCGGCCAAGCGGGCAGGCGGCAAAGCGGUCCAUGGGCGUGCUACGCACAAGGCUUGCUCGCAAGGCCGCCUCGUUCCGGGGUUCCACCUCGCUCCCGGCCUCUUUCACCGUCAGCGCCGGCUCAACCGAGGCCGGCGGAGGCUCGCGAAGCGGCGCUUCCACCUCGGGCGUCAUCAUUGUCUCGGGCGCGCGCCUGCCAUCAGGCGUCAACACCCGCGAUCCGCGGUGGUCCAUGUUCUCGGGCGAGCAGAUCGACGGCCCUGUGUUUGGUGUGGGCAAGGGCUGGAUCCCGCGCGAGGAGGCGCUCAUGUGGGGCCUGGUCAAUGCUCUCUCACCCGCGAAUGACGGGCGUCGGAUCAAUCCGUUCUGA